AUGGAGAAUAACUAUAAGGCUGUGAAAGAUGCUAUUGAUUUAGGCUACAGAUAUAUCGACACAGCACCAAUCAGUGGUAAUGAGGAAGAAGUGGGUGAUGCUCUUCUAACAAAAAUUGAUGAAGGUGUAGUGAAAAGCUAUCCAAAAUAUUUACUAAUUAGAGAAGAUUUGUACAUCGUUGGCAAAUUAUUGAAUCCAAAGGCGUUCCAUGACGCCGCACUGAUCAAAGAUGAACUGUUAUCAACUCUACGGAAUCUCAAUUUAACGUACCUCGAUCAAUAUGUCAUACAGUGCCCGGAAGGUGACCUAAAUUUCAAUGAUACGUGGCAUGAGAUGGAAAAACUUAUCGACAAUUUUAUCGUCAAAAGCAUUGGCGUAUCAAAUUUUAAUGAAUCUCAAAUAAAUCAUUUGUUGACCAGCGCACGUUGUACACCGGUCACUUGCCAAUUCGAUUGCCAUCCGUAUUUAACGCAAACGAAACUCAGUGAUUUUUGUCGAUCAAAAAAUAUUGCUGUAACGGUCUACAAUCCAUUCGGGUCAUCAAAUUUAUUGGAUGACCCUCAGAUCGAAUCAAUUGCACAAACGUAUCGGAAAACGCCAGAACAAAUUUUGCUACGAUAUCAAAUUCAACGGGGACACAUUGCCAUACCAAUAUCGAUAAGUAAAAUAAAACUAAAGGAAAAUAUGGACAUUUUCAAAUUUGAAUUGGAUAAUCAAGACAUGGCUGCAUUGGGAAAACUCGAGAGAGCCAAUAAAAAUUACAGUUCGCUGAAUUCUUUGUCUUAUGUAAACAUUUCAUGGCUCAUUAUGGUAAUGGCAAAAUUUAAUCAUUUCGUUUGUAUUCCGCAGGAACGAAUGAAGCUCAAACUGUGCUUCCGACAAUGAUUCGAAAUCGUUUUGGUGCACCGAACACCACAUUCCCAGGGAAAUGUGUUCGAUUCAUCUCAUCUUAUUACACCAGGCAUUAGCGCAGAAUUUGUUAACAUUUUAAAUUAGGGUUCGUAGAUUGUACCUAUAUAAUCUACUCAAGGUCCUGAAAGAACAGGUUAGGACAACCACGGAACCUUGUAUCUAC